UCCGCUUCGCUGCGCCCGUCCUCGUCAAAAGAAACCGACAACCAGAUUUUUUUACAACAAAUCCCCUUCCUUCGCUAAUAACGGCGCCACCGGUAUAGUUGCUGCUCGUCCCUCGGGAGCGCCGCGCGGAAACCCUAAGCCAGCCAGCCGGCGAGGCGAUGUACCCGGCGGGGGCCAUGGUGGCGGCCGCGGCGGCGCCGGCGCGCCAGGCGGCGUCGCGGGUCGACAAGGCCACCAGCCACCUGCUCAUGGGCCCCGACUGGGCCGUCAACCUCGAAAUCUGCGACAUCAUCAACGCCGACGUCUGGCAAACAAAAGAUGUGGUAAAGGCAGUGAAGAAGCGAUUGCAACAUAAGGAUCCGAAAGUUCAAUACUAUGCUUUGACGUUAUUGGAGACGAUGAUGAAGAACUGUGGAGAAUAUGUUCAGUUUGAAGUCGCUGAACAGCAUGUUCUGCAAGAAAUGGUUAAAAUAAUCCAAAAGAAGAACGAUAUGCAAGUAAGGGAUAAGAUAUUAUUACUUUUGGACUCCUGGCAAGAAGCAUUUGGUGGACCUGGAGGUAAAUACCGGCAGUAUCACUGGGCAUAUCUUGAAGUAAAGCGGACAGGUCUAGUGUUUCCAAGACGUCCCAUAGAUGCCCCACCAAUACUUACUCCUCCUGCAAUACACAAUUCUCAAAACUAUGGUUCACCUGGAUAUGCUGCAGGAAGUUUGAAUGAGAGAAUGUCCUCCGAUGUUGAUACUCUGAGUUUAGGAGACUUGAAUAAUAUUCGAAAUGUGACGGAGUUACUGAAUGAUAUGGUGUAUGCUUUGAACCCAUCAGAUCCAGAGGCCGUCAAAGAUGAAAUCAUCACAGAUCUCGUGAGCCAAUGUCGCUCAAAUCAGCAAAAGCUCAUGCAGUUUGUCAGUUCGACAGGGAACGAGCAGUUACUAAAGCAAGGUCUCGAAAUAAAUGAUCGCCUACAAAAUGUGCUUACAAAAUAUGAUGCCAUCGCUUCUGGUACUCAUUUGGCAGUUGAAGCUCCCGUGAGGGAGACAAUUGAGUCUCCUAGGGAGGAUCCACCAGCAAAACCAUCUUCAUCUCCUAUUGAACAAAAUGACGCUUCCAAUGAAGAGGAGGAUGAGUUCGCUCGGCUGGCUCAAAGAAAAAACAAAUCUGUGAUAAGUAGCGAUGAGACGUCAUCAAGCACAAGCACUGUGGACCUUGCCCUCGUACCCAUUGAUCUGCCAAGCUCAGAAUCGCCACCUUCUGUUGCAAGCAAUGCAUUGGUUCCCCUUGAUCCAGCUCCUGCCACUAGUAGUACUCAAACCAAAGAGCAGGAUAUGAUUGACCUUCUAAGCCUCACUUUGUGCAGCCCUACUGAUGAAACUUCUACAGAUUCUUCAGCACAGGGUCAAAAUGGCCUCCAGCAGCCUCCAGAUGGGCAACAAAAUCCUACUGGUAUGCCCCAGUAUCCUCCAACCAACCAGCCAUACUCAGUAAACCAAGGAUAUACUCCACAGAAUAGGAACUAUGUUGCACCUUGGGCCCAAACUGGACCAUAUCCAUCUCAAGCCCAGACCGGACCAUAUCCAUCUCAAGCCCAAACCGGACCAUAUCCAUCUCAAGCCCAAACCGGACCAUAUCCAUCUCAAGCCCAAACCGGACCAUAUCCAUCUCAAGCCCAAACCGGACCAUAUCCAUCUCAAGCCCAAACUGGACCAUAUCCAUCUCAAGCCCAAACCAGACCAUAUCCAUCUCAAGCCCCAGCAUACGCAUCCGGAUAUCCAGUGCCACCUUGGGCGACACCUCCAACUGUCAAUUCUAAUCCUUUCCUGCCGGCUGCUUACCAAGAACAACUCCCCUCGGCAGCAACCACCUACGCAGCUCCCUCACCUUCAUAUAGCUCUCCUCCAGCCUCCCAGCCAAUGCAACAGUACAGUUCUGUGGGUUCUUCAACAAGCAAUGGUCUAACGAUGCCUCAAGCUCCAAAUGGGAAUCAUCAACCGAAGGAUUCUUCAGCAGCGGCAAGCAAACCUUACUACAUACUCGAUAAUUUGUUCAGUGAUUUGAUUGACUUGAAGAGCACCAGUGGUGGAAAUAAGACUGGUACUAGUUUGGGUAGCUCAAAUGGUGGCCAGCCUAUGAUUGGUGGAAAGAAAUAAGUUGUCUCUAAAUGGUACUAGUUUGUGGCUACUUGAUUCAAUGUACAUUUGCUGUAUAUCUCUAUUCCCUCUUUUACAUGUUUGAUUGCGUUGGUUAAUUCGGUGGGUUCAGUUACAUAGAGUAAGCUAGAACAUUGGUGAUGUACAUAAAUGAUUAAUUGCAUCGAGUGGAUUGUUACUUGUUGCGGACUUGCAACACGUAAAAUAUGCUGGCGUUUGGUUUCCCAUGUCAUGCAUGUACCAAUGGCAGGUACCAGUCGAUCCUUUAUCUGCAAAAUUUGUGACCGUUCCUUUGUCACAGGGAUCAUCUGUCUCUUUAGGCCUCGUUUGGUUUCACCGAAACCCCCCGGGAUCCCUGCCUUUUCCCCGGGCCGACAAACCACGAACAGAAUAAACCCUGGAAUUCUCACGAUCGCGUUUGGACGCCCACGAGAAAGGGGUACCCCUGGCCUUUCCCCGGGAAAGGCUCCCACGAGUGCAGACGUCGGGGAGGAAACCCUCGCUCGUUCUGUCUUGCACUCGUGAACGACUGGCGGCGGCGACUGGAAGACCUUCCGUCCACCGCUCCUGCCUCCUCCGACCGGCGACUGCGACGCCCCCUGCCCUCCUCCCUUCGACGCUCUGCCCCUCCGGAUGGGGCGACGGGACCGGGGUCGCCAUCCUACUACUUCCCGGAUCUCGUCUCCGCCCCCAAGAUCUUCACCUUCCGAUGACGACGACGGCCAGGAGAUCAUGCUCCUCUUCGUCCAAGAUCCAAGAGUCUUCUCUCCUGUUUGAGUUUUGUAUCACAAGAACCAAUACGGAAGAACAUCCAUCGUUUGCAGUAGUGUUUCUACCUAACUAUCCUGACCUCACAAGUGAGCACAACCACAUAUACCUCCUUGUGAUGCUAAUCUACACACAAUGUUCUAGUAUAUUUCUGAAGGGGACUACUCAGCCUGUACUAGCUUUGUCCUAAUUUUAACUUAGAAUCUUUAAUUAGGAUAACUUGAAGUAUGCUUGUCUUGCUUAUAAUAACGGUGUAGCAUAAACAUACCAGUUAUUGGAAUUCAAUUGUGUUGAUGAAAGUAGCAUUAGUAUCAUGGUAACUGUUCAGUUUAAAAUUACUCUCAUUCAAAUUCUUCCCUUUUGUACCAAGAUAUGGAACCAAGGUUUGAGCAUAUGUAAUCUUGAUAAUUGGCCUUCGGUUUAAACUCUAUGGACCCAAGGGGACAUUCACUCCAUUAUCUCUAUCCAUUUUACACUUUUUGCGUACGCCAUUGAGUUGAUCUAUUGUUGUCUUAACUUCAAGCUUUAUUUGUAAAAAGUAUGUUAGUGGCAAAGUUAUUAAAAGAUGAAACCAUGUGCUAUUAAGAUUUUGAGUUUUCCUGAGGAUUAUUCAAAGAGAGAACAACAUCUUAUUAUGUUUGGAUCUGUUUGUUUGUGAAAGAUGCAUAUAAAUAAGAAUAUGUGCCAAUAUAUAUUAUGACUUCUGAAUUGAUAUUAUCUUUUUGUAAAGAAUUUUGACUUAUGAUGUGAUUGCAGCAAAGCCAAUUGAUAGUAUUAUUGAUGCAGUGCUGUUAAGUCAUCAAUUACUAAUGUACUGUUAGAAAAUGCCUUUACUGAUUGAAGGAGAAAAUUGCUACCAAGGAGAAAACAUAAGGUAUGUAAUUUUGAAGUACCAAUUUAGAGGUGCAGUUUUGUGUUUUCUUCCAUUGGGCAUUUUACAAUUUGUUCAUGAAUUUGCACAUGCUAACUAUAAGCAGAUGAAUAUCUUGUGGAGAAAACAGAGGGUGUAUACAAAUGAGUUCAUGCUCUUGUCAGUUUUUCUUUGUGGAAUUAUCUUGUGUUUUUGUGUGAAUGCAUCUCUACAACUUUAGCUCCUUAUGUCCACCAUGUCGGCGCUGGUGGCAUUGAACAUGUCGACGAUGGGGGCAGUGCCAUCCUUGAUGAUUCAGUUCAGGAUCUCCCACUUGGCGGCGUCCUUGGCGCUGUAGCUCUCUUUCGGGUUCAGCCCGCAGCCGACGGAGACGACCAUGAACUUGCCGUAUGUUGGAAUAAACCCAAGUCCGCACCUAGUAUAUUUCUCUGCCAUGGUAGGCACUUCUGUUUUGCUGCCAUGCAGCGUUUUUAGCUAGUGUCUAGUUUUCAGUUUCAGUCUUUCUUCAGUCAAUCUAUUAGCGAGUUUAGCUAGAGUAGUUAGUCGCCAGGAGCGAUUCUGGCGUCCACUCUGAUCGCUUGUGGGAUGGAUUUUUUUUCAGUUGUAGCUCAUUUUUCAUUAGCUGAUACCUUCAGUUAUCGUAUACCAAUGUCCUUCUCUGAGCCCCCUUUUCAGUUGCAGCUUUGAAUAAAUUCAGUGAAUUUAGUUUCAUGACGAGAUUAUACAAAGUGAAGCAGUUGGUUAGUAGUAAUCCUUUAAACAUUAUACAAUAUCAAGGAGAAAAGCUCUGACGAGCUUGUCAUUAGUGCCAUCCGGUGCAUAUUAUUCUGAACAUUAUACAAUAUUACAAUUGGAAUAGUUUUUAUACAAUUGAAAAGCUCUGAAGGCUAUUUUCAAACUAGUUUCAGUCUAACAUUCGUUUCUUGCGAAAUGAUGGCUUUCAUGCCGUGGUCAUCUAGGAAUUAAAGAGAACAAUAUUAUACAUAUAAGAACACAAACAGGUGUGUGCUUAUUAUGUUUGCAUCUAUUUCAUUGGGAACAUGGAUAUAAAUAAAUAUAUGUGCUUAUAUAUAGUUUAAAAUUUAUAUUGUAUAGUGACUACGUUGUUGUUUUUUUGCUUUGCAGGUUUCCUAAAGCUAGCCAAUGAAAUGCUUCAAAGAAGUUGAUCUUGGAAGUUUCAGUAGUGACUAUCCCAGCAGCAACACAUUUUGGCAUGGAUGAUUUACACAGAUACAUGUUAAUAAUGGAAGUAAAUGAUUAUCCUUGCUGGAUUUCUACCUUAGUAAGCAUUUCCGCUGUUAAACCAUGAUUAGCACGCUAAAUUUAUUCGCAGUGCCGUUAUUUGUGCGACUGAACAUGUAUAACUUAUGGUCAGCGUGUUUAAUGUGGAUUGAAGUGUUUUAUUUUUUUACUGUU